AUGCCUAAUCUCUUUUGCUGCUCAUCCGUACGGCCGUAUCGCCCCCGACGGCUUGACCAUGAACGAAAAUUCGACAACUUCAUGCAAUGGGCAAAGUCCACCUCUGCAGAGCCCAACGAUGGCUCUUCGCUUCUGGGCAAUGCAGAUUAUGUGAUCCAGCUUGUCAGGCAAGCCAAUUAUGGGCGAAAAGAGUCGGUCAGAUAUUUUACUACAGCCAACGAGGGCACUGAAUUCGCAGAAGUCGGCGAGAGCGACCUCAUCGCCGCAAAUUUCGAAAAAUUAAACUCGUAUGUUGACCAGUGCAUGCCUCAUUACAUAUACAAGAACUUCAAGUGCGUCGCGCAUGAUAAAUUUUUCGAGGUGAAUUUGUAUCAACAGAAUCCUACCAAUACGCAUCACUGGCGGGCCAAUAUCGCUCGACCCGCUACAGAUAUCGAUCUGGUAUAUCGACAGAAGAAGGAGGGGGAAAGGUCGGCGCAGGCCGUCAAAGCCGAAGAUACGAAGCAAGAAGAUCUCGAUACUGAUGCAGUUUCUCAAUUAGAUAUACCAGCUUUGAAGUCGGUCCUUGGGUUUUUGCUUCCUAAAGUGAAGACGAACCUUGGGUCAAACCCGCUUGUAUCUCUGCUUGCUCUUGAUUGGGCCAACCAAGAACUCAACCUCGGCCUCGAGAUCGAGGAUCUUUGGAUUUCUGAGCUAAAUACUAGCAAUAUUGCUACGUUUUUAUCCAGCUAUGUCAAGUUAUCCGCCGGCGACUUGACUACGUCCAAAGCCGCCAAAAUCGAUCAUGAAGUGGGCUACGCGAUUGGUUGCGGAAAUUUACUUGCGAAAGGGAAAACCCUUGGGCGAAGCAAGUUGCAAGAGAUUGUCGAGAAUGUCCUCAAUUUUCACAGUGCUUCAGACUGGGUCUCCAAAUGCCGGGAAGGCAUACUCCGUAUGUUUACCGCGGCACCUGACGAGCGCCUUCUCGAGCUAGGUCAACGCAAAGAAGACGAAUACCAAGACAGACAUAUAAAGGUCACAUCAAAGGUAGACUGUGAAGAAGGCGAUAAUGAUGACUACAACCAGUACGACUACAGCGACGAAUACGAGUACAACAACACCAACGACUACAACGCGUCCUCUUCUGAUUUUGAUAAGGAUUUCACAGCAUGUGACAAAGAGUGUGGUUAUUGUGGAAGAUGUUCCUAUUAG